UCUGGGGCUGCUUCAUCACCUCUGAAUACUCCUGUGACAGGAGGCACUUGCAAAACCCGCCUCCAGUCCCUAGCCGCAAUAAAUAGAAGGCUCCCAGCCCAGGAGGAGCGAGAAGCUUCUAGGCCUGCCUCCCUGGGUUUAUUAAGCUCCUGGCUCCACUUGAGACCUCAGCGGCUCUGGCUGCCAGCCUGUGCGGCCUGGAAGGACAGAGACCGGCUGCUCUCUGGUGAGGCAGCACGGAGAGGGGCCCUCUGGGAUUCUGCUGGACCAGCUGGGGGUGGCCUCUGGUGGCUGGAGUGUCUUUGGGGCGUGGGAGCCCAGCCUGGUGUGUGCCUCCGUCCCUGGAAGUGGAUGGUUCAGCGUUUUCUAAAGCUGAAGAAUAAGCUUGGAAGGCCAGCCCACCCACAUCACCUUGCUGUGUGACCUUGGGCAGGUGGCUCCCUCUCUCUGAGCCUCCGUGUCCCCUCCAGCUCAGCAGCCACCAUGGCUGAUGGUCAGAUGCCCUUCCCCUACACAGGCCGCCUGCGCCGAGACCCCUUCCGAGACUCGCCCCUCUCCUCCCGCCUGCUGGACGAUGGCUUUGGCAUGGACCCCUUCCACGACAAUUUGACUGCCUCUUGGCACGACUGGGCCCUGCCUCCAUUCUCCUCGGCCUGGCCGGGGACCCUGAGGUCAGGCAUGGUGCCCCGGGGGCCCACUGCCACGGCGAGGUUUGGGGUACCCUCCGAGGGCAGGAGCCCCCCACCCUUCCCUGGGGAGCCCUGGAAAGUGUGUGUCAACGUGCACAGCUUCAAGCCAGAGGAGCUGAUGGUGAAGACCAAGGAUGGCUAUGUGGAGGUGUCUGGCAAACACGAGGAGAAGCAGCAAGAAGGCGGCAUCGUUUCCAAGAACUUCACAAAGAAAAUCCAGCUUCCUGCAGAGGUGGACCCUGUGACAGUAUUUGCCUCACUUUCCCCAGAGGGCCUGCUGAUCAUCGAAGCUCCCCAGGUCCCCCCUUACUCACCAUUUGGAGAGAGCAGUUUCAACAAUGAGCUUCCUCAAGACAGCCAGGAAGUCACCUGUACCUGAGACCCCAGUCUUGGCCCAUCCUUGUUCCCUCCCCAACCCCAGGGCUUCUCUGAUUCCAGGGUACAUUACUGUAGCUGAACUCAUAGAUUUAGUGCAACUAAAGUGUUGGGGGUGGGAGUGGAUGGACCACCGAUUCCCUGGAUAGUGUAGUAGUAGGUUUUUCCACAAGAUGGCGCAAUUGGCAAGUCGUGCUUGGUUGCGCAAAAUGCUGGGAGUUUUUUUUCUUUACCUUUUCUAUCUUGAUGAAAAUGUUGCACAUUCUAAAGUUGCAAAGCAAAUAAAAUGGGACAAAACAUUUCACAUUGCCUCUUACCUUGCAGCUGAUGCAAGGCUUGCUUUUCUCUGGGGACCUCCCCAUCACCCAGAUUCCUAUUUUGGGCUCUCAGUUUCCAUGCCCACCCCAUGGUUUGGUUGAAGGAGCCCAUUAGCUUACUCUGUUGUGUUUCUGCACUCCUGGCCUGUAAAGGGUUAUGGACAGGUCUUACAUCCCCAUAUGGGAUUUAUCCAACAGCCACAUGAAAAUAAACCAUGCCUUCUGCCCUCCACCCAGGCAUUACAGCAUGUUCCCAAGCUGGCGCUCCCCGAGGACUCUGGAAGCCCCUCAGUUUAUUCUCUGGCUAAAGCCCCCCUUUAUUGUGUCUCCUGUGCCCAAGUUGGGAUUUUUAGAGAGGGCUGUCUCCAGACAGCUCCACCUGGAACCAAGCAAAGGCCAGACAGCCUGGCAGGCAGGCUAGUGGUAUUGUGUAUAUGGGUGGGACAUGUGUGUCAUUGUUAUUUGAAUUGUGCUGUUGUUUAGGGGAAAAUAACAGUAAAUAAUAAUAAUAAUAAUAAAGGAGCUGAUGUUCUUA